AUGAUGAGCACUACUACAUGUGUAGAAAUAUCCCAAUACGAUGGGAAGAUGGACUUCAAUACCUGGAAGAAGAAGAUGAAGGCUCUUCUAUCUCACAAUAAGGUGGGAAUAGCGCUGGAGAAAGAUGGAACCAAGUGGUCCGAGGAAAAGAUGAAAAAGAAAGUAGAGAUAGACGAAGAAGCUUACAAUCUGAUAAUCAUGAAUUUAUCAGACAGUAUUCUGCGGAAAGUGGAUGGUAUAGACACACCGAUCAAGCUCUGGGGUAAACUCGAAACUUUAUAUGCAUUGAAAUCUGCUCCUAAUUUAGCAUUCUUGAAAGGUGCUAUGUUUUCUUACAAAAUGGAUGCCUCUAAGUCAUUAGAAGAAAAUUUAGAUGAAUUUCUAAAAAUGACCCUAGUGCUAAAAGGAACUGAUCAGGAAUUAGGGGAUUCUAGUCUUACAAUGAUUUUGUUAAAUUCUUUACCCGAUGAAUAUUUAGUAGUAAAAAAUGCAUUGCAGAAGCAAAAACAUACCAGUACUGAGAGUAACUUAGCAUCCUCUAGUAAUAGCAUUGAAAUCACUGAAGCCCUUACUGUGUCUAGUUCAGAAAUUGCUAAUGAAUGGGUGCUAGACUCAGGAUGUUUUUUUCACCUGAGUCCUAACAAAACCUGGUUCCAAAACCUUAUAACUGGUGAACCUGAAAUGGUGUUUAUGGGAAACAAUCACUCAUGUAGGGUUCAAGGGAUUGGCACACUGGAUGAAACUGGCUGUAGCUAUAGGGUUGAAAAUGGUUGCAUUACCGUCUACAAGAAUGAUCAAAUUCUGUUUGAAGGUGUUAAAAGGCAUGAUUUAGGACUUUGUGAAACCUGUGUCAUGGGUAAGCAGCAUAGGUCGAGCUUCCCGAAAGGAACUCACUUGUCUGUGAAUUGUUUAGAAUACCUUCAAGCUGACCUUUGGGGUCUUGAAAGAGUCAAAACACAUGGGGGGAAUAGUUAUUUUCUAGCUAUAGUGGAUGAUUUCAGUAGGAAGGUGUGGGUUUAUCUCCUUAGGUCCAAAGAUGAGGCACUAAGUAAGUUUAAGGGUUGGAAGACUUUAGUAGAAAACCAACAGGAGAAAAAAGUAAAAGCACUCAGAACUGACAAUGCUUUGGAGUUCUGUAAUACUGAGUUUGAUGCAUACUGUUAG